CCUCUGUCUCUGUCGAGUGGCUAGUUCUUUUGGGCGGUUCAGAAAAAAGAAAAAGGAAGAAGGAAGAGAACCCACCCCAAGCAAUCGCCGUCGCACCCAUAGCCGUUGCCAUCUAAGAUUCAUUUGGUUGGGUGGGUUUCUUAUGCAACUCAAGUACAGUUUUUCCUCGGCUCACUCUUAACUUCAACUCUCUGUUGCAAUGCUUAAGCUACUCCCAUGGCGUCCCUCACCUCACAAAACCCUAACCCUAGACCCGGCCAAACCCUUUAGCUCCCUCUCUCGCUUUCUCAGCCAUUCUCUCUCCGAAGACCAAUACGAAGACGACCCUCCUUUCUCUCCAGUUUCCAAACCCCCAAAGCCCAAGAAGAACAAGACACAGAAUAAAGAUCCAGAUACGAAGAAUGAACCGACCCGGCCUCUAAAAUCGGACCUACCCUUCGACUUCAGCUACUCGUACUCAGAAACAAACCCGAAGGUCGAACCUAUUGCGUUCCGGGAGUCGCCAAAGUUCUCUCCUUUUGGGCCAGGUCGGCUUGAUAGGAAAUGGACCGGCACUGUUGCCCCGACCCAACAAGAAGUGGACUUGAACCGGGUCGCGGAGGAGAGGAUACGGGUUCUUGGAGACCCACUAACGGAGGAGGAAGUGGCUAAGCUGGUGGAACGGUACCGUCAUAGUGAUUGUGCUCGGCAAAUCAACAUGGGAAAGGGAGGAGUUACUCAUAACAUGUUAGAUGACAUCCAUAACCAUUGGAAGCGGGCAGAAGCUGUGAGGAUCAAGUGUUUGGGAGUGCCAACUCUUGACAUGGACAAUGUUUGCUUCCACCUUGAGGACAAGUCUGGUGGGAAGAUUGUCUACCAGCACAUUAAUGUCCUCAUUUUAUACCGGGGUCGAAACUAUGAUCCGAAGAAUCGACCCGUAAUACCUGUAAUGCUCUGGAAACCGUACACUCCGAUAUAUCCAAAGCUUGUGAAGAAUGUUGCUGAUGGCUUGACAUUUGAAGAAACAAAGGAAUUAAGAAACAGAGGACUAAAUUCCCCACCUGUUAUGAAACUUACUAGAAAUGGUGUGUAUGUGAAUGUUGUGGAUAGAAUCAGGGAGGCUUUCAAGACUGAGGAGGUAGUGAGACUAGACUGCACACAUGUUGGUACCAGUGAUUGCAAAAGGAUAGGCGUGAAAUUAAGGGAUCUGGUACCUUGCAUCCCUCUUUUGUUCAAGGAUGAGCAGAUUGUACUCUGGAGGGGAAAGAGAGAUCAAGAACAAGACUCCAAGUGCAGGGAUAGAAGUGAAAAGUUUGCAGAUGCUUAAGUGUGGUCAGGUUUGGUACUCAAUUCUAAAAGAAAAAUUCUCAAAUACAAAUGCCAAUGCUAUAUCUGGAAAUUUUUUAUGUCAAAAUUUUGUUUGUGACACAGUGCGUUAAAAUGUUGUAUGCCAAAUACCAAAAAAGUCUUCCAAUUACUAUUCUCUUGUCAACCUCCAUUCCUCUUGCAUUUAGUUACAACUCUUGUUUUCCUUCACCACUGAACUACCAUUUCCCCUGCCAUAUCUUUAGGCUCAUUAUGUUCGCUUGAAGAACCUAGAAAUGGAUUAUAACUUAAAUUUAAAAAUUAAGAAUAAAUUAAAUGACAACCGAAGGGAUAAAUUAAUUGACAUGAGUUGUACAUCACUUGUCACAUCAUGUGGUAUUAACAUGUGGUCUUCCUAGCAUUAUUGGUGUUAUAAAUGUCUAUGCUUUUAUGCACAGCACACGCAAAAGUUUUAUGAAUCCAUAGACAAUUUUACACUCACGUGGAAUACCCCACUUGCAUGGUAGAAUGACCCAGGCCCUUCUACCAUAUUGAUGGUUGUAUGGUACAAGGUGCUAGUGUUCUGGAUUCAUAACACCUUUUGUGUGUGGUUUGGGCAAAAGUUUUGUGGGUUUAGACUUUUGUGUGUGUCUGGCUCUACCAUAUAGCCACUAAUUAGAUGAAGAAAGAAUCCAUGAACUUUAGAGCUCUCACCCAUUGUUUGUUGUCAAUUUUUCAAUUUUUCUGUUCUCUCAUCUUUCUCAGUGCAUAUUCUCAUCACAGAUUAGGAAAGGAGAAGACAAUAAACAACAAGGAAAAUCUGGGAAUGCAUUCAGAACUAAUUAAGAUAUAUAGUAAUAUGCAACAAUUGGUUGAGGAUCAUCCAAGAUCAAAUUUUUGAAAACUUAAAUAAUUUUUUAAUCAGUUUGUACAUCGUAUACCUACUUUUUUUUAAUAAACAUUUCUGGUCAUUUUGGUAGAAGCAGACACAACUUUUAGGCAUUCAAGAGUUACAUACAAGACAAUGAGAGAUCAAGAGUUUUUACAUCUUGUUAAAGUACAACUAUGAGGAGUUGCAACAAAUUUCGGGUGGCCUCAAAAAAUAGGCAACAAGAUGAAACAACUGAAAUAGACAAUCUGACCUUUCUGUUUUAUUCGUAUUUGCUUUUUUUAGUUUUAAUAUCUAAACUUUAAUUCACCUCCAGCUUCUUCAAGCGAUAGUACUAUAUUACACAAAGAAAAAUAAAAUAUAGCCAAAGGAAUUGAUAGAUGGAUGAUGGUUUGGUGGAUAAUAUAGGAACAGUGUAACUAGGAGGAGAAAUUGCGGUGGAAAAAUUAACAGUUGUUGGAAAUCAAAUGUUUUCUUUGGCACACAACAUUGGAAGGUAAAGUUCCAUAUGAAGUAUUUUGGUAGUGUAGCUUGUCAAAUAUGGCAUUGGCAUAUCAGUUAGCUCUUGCAGACCGCUAAUCACUCAUCUCAUCCAAGUCGCACAGGUCUGGUGCUCACCAAUUCAGGUCAUAUUCGUACUGCCAAUGGUUUAAUUAGUCUUCUCCAACACCCAGCAAGCUGCAAAAGAGGGAACUCUAUCGAAGAUGAUUGGGUGCGCUUAGAGAUGUGGUAGGAAUGAUACCAUAUUACGUUCUCUGCAUGUGUUGCCACUAGACUGAAGAAGUUGGUAAAAUCAAAUGAGACUGCCAUUUCAUAUUUAACAGAUCUCAUGAGGAGGACGUUCUUAAUGUACAAGGCCAUUAUGCUGCAUCAAAAUGGGAGAAGAAUUGCAGAAGGCACUUGGGAGACCAUAAUUUCCCACCUUUUGGUUCUUGUUAGCAUUCAAAGUUUCAACUGUAAUCUCUUUGCAUAUGCGUGUGACACCUUUGUAAUCUAAUGUGAAUGUAUUCUUUUUUGAAUAAACUCAAAAAUGAUUCCUUUUGUGAAUUUUGCAUUUUAAAGUAGUUUUGAAUUGUUGCCUUA